CCAAUUUCUUCGUCAGGAAGAAAUAUUUCCGUGAAAUUUUGCGAUAUAAGAAAUAUUUAUAAUUUGUAAAGGCUAAAAAAAUUUAUUAAUUAAGUUGAAAUAAGAAAAAAAAAAUUUUUUUUUUCUUAUAAUUUUUGUGUGUGUUUUAUUUUUUCAUUUUUUUUAGCAGUUUAACAAAUUAUUCCUAAUUAUAUAAUCAUGUUUCAAUACGUCAUUUUAUCAGUUUUAAUCGCAACAGUCACGUGUCAAUAUAAUCCAAAUUCAAGGACAGCUGCUAUUAUUAGUGAACAAAGAUAUUUAUCAGGUGAUGGUAAAUUUGGUGCUGCAUAUACACAAGAAGAUGGCAUUAAUUUUAAAGAAGAAACUGAUGCCGAUGGCACACGUCAUGGUUCAUACAGUUAUGUAGAUCCCAGUGGUCAAAGAAGAACAGUAUCAUAUACAGCUGGAAGAUUCGGAUUCCAAGCAUCCGGUGAUCAUUUACCAGUACCACCACCAGCACCACCACAGCCCGUUCCAACACCUGGAUAUCAACCAAAUCCAAGAUAUCAACCUCCAUCUGGACCAGCACAAGGUUUUAGCGGUGAUUAUGAUAGUGAAGGUCAAUAUGAUCCACGUUAUAAUGAUCCAAAUUUUGAAGGAAAUAAAUUACCACAAUCUCAUGCUGCUCCACCACCACCACCACCACCAGUAAACAUUCAUUAUCAAUCUACACCAGCACCAAACUAUAAUUAUCAACAUAAUACACCACAAUAUAAUCAUUAUCAACCACCAGCACCACAACAACAACAAUAUCAACAACAUUAUGAAACAACACCAAAUCCACACAGAUUCUUACCACCCGUUACAUUUUGAGAAAUUUAAGUCAAUCUAAAACCAUAUCAAAGCAUAAUCGAUUUUAAAGUACUGAGUUCGUGAAUUUAUACAAACAUACAAUUUAAUAAUAUAACAAUGACAAAAUCAAGCGUGGUGCCAAACAAAUCUGGAUAAAGAGGACAUGAACAUAAAAUCAUUUUAAUUGAAGUUUUGUGAUAAUAUUUUUAUAAAUAAGUAGCUGUCGAUAAGAAAAAAAAAAUCAAAAAUGAAUUACUUUAAAAAAAAUAUUAAUAAAGUUUUACGAAAUAAAUUUAUUAUGACUAAAAACAAUAUAA